CAGAUACUAACCUGCGUCUCUCUCUCCAGCACAAAAUGGACACGCGCUUCACUCGAGGGAAAUCCAACAUCCUGGAGCGACCGUUAUCCAGACCGAAGACGGAGGUCAGCGUGAGCGCGUUCGCCCUCCUGUUCUCGGAGAUGGUGCAGUACUGUCAGAGCCGCGUGUACUCCGUGUCCGAGCUGCAGACUCGUCUGGCCGACAUGGGUCAGAGCGUGGGAGCCAGCAUGCUGGACGUCCUGGUGCUGAGGGAGAAGAACGGGAAGAGGGAGACCAAAGUGCUCAACAUGCUGCUCUUCAUCAAGGUCAACGUCUGGAAGUCGUUAUUCGGGAAGGAGGCCGACAAACUGGAGCAGGCCAACGACGACGACAAGACGUAUUACAUCAUCGAGAAGGAGCCGCUGAUCAACGCGUACAUCUCCGUGCCCAAAGAGAACAGCAGCUUGAACUGCGCGGCGUUCACCGGCGGCAUCGUGGAGGCCAUCCUCACGCACAGCGGCUUCCCGGCCAAGGUCACGGCCCACUGGCACAAAGGCACCACGCUGAUGAUCAAGUUCAACGAGUCGGUCAUAGCCAGAGACAAAGCUCUGGACGGGAGAUAAGAGGCCGACGAGAAACAAAGAUGAAGAGAAAUCCUCUUCCAGGUUCCUGAUGAGACUCUGUGGAGGAAUAACGGCGCAGAACUAAAGCCCGGUACACACUAACAGAUCCUCAGAGUCCACACACGUCGACAGAUCCUGACAGAUGUUACAGUUAUGUUGUCAUAGUGUGAGGGGAGCGACUCAGCACACCACACAACAACCAGAGUCUCCACUCUCAAAAGGUGUAAUCCUGAGCGCUCAGACGCCACUUAGGAGUAAAACAACAUGGUGGUCGAGCUAAAUGUGGCUAGCUGUUAGCUGGUUCAUCCAUUACGGUAAACAUUGUGGUCCAGUUUGCUUUGUGGUUUAUUUUACAGGAGACGUUUUAUAAACUCUUGUGUUGUUUCCACAAAUCAACAAGUUGCUCGUCCAGUUCUAGACGUCCACAUCAAUUUUUUGUGCUUGCUGUCGUCGCCAUGGUUACGCUCGUCCGUCCUCUUUGUUCUCCCCACACAGCAGUAAAAUAUUGAACAUGUUUGAUAUGUACAAUUUGAAAUCAUGGCGGCCCUGAUCGUCUUCCGAGCAGAUCAAGGGAGGUUAAAGUCACUCUGAACACACCUCGCACACCACGGGAACAUCUGGUGACAUCAUCUUUGGAAGCUUCAGAUAAUCGGGUCCUUUGAUGACUUCGGGCGGGCGGGGGGGAAACGCCCUGAUUAUCUUGUAGUGUGUACCGCGCUUUAGACAUUAAAAAACCUGCAGCUAGUUGUUUCUAUUUCACAAAAUCAUUGACUGGUGAACUGACUGGAGCGUCUCUCGUUUCUAAACUAAAAUAAUAAUCAGUUAUGAGAUAACGCUAACAUUAGAAAAUGUUACAUUUACAAAAAGACUCAUUCGAUCAUCUCUCUUUUUAUCUUUGAUUCAAACGUAACCCCUCGCUGUUUGGUUUUAAUCUCUGUGGAAAAAAAAGAUUUAUAACCUGUAGCUACCGCUGACCACCAGCAGGGGGUCAUUUCAUCUCAAAGUGUAUUUUGUUAUAUUGUUGUUGUUUUAUUUAAUGUGUAUGUUUACAAAGAGUUGAUAAAGCAAAAUGGUAAAUAAAAAAAUACACAAUGA